AUGAUGUAUGUUAAAUCAGCAACUUUAAUUUCUUUUCUUAUAUCCGCUUUCAUCGGUUCAUCGACCGUUACAGCUCAAUCUUUAGGAAAAGGAUUCAUUUUCAAUUGCGACGAUCCAGGUGUCGUGGCAUUGACAUUUGACGAUGGUCCAGGACCUUACACAGAUACUUUGCUAGAGUAUCUCGAUAAAGCAAACAUUCCCGCCACAUUCUUCGUUUUGGGAAGCGCGGCAAAAGCAUACCCAGACGUAUUGAAAAGGACCUUUGCGGCAAAACAGAAUCAUCAAAUCGCUUUACACACCUAUAGUCACGCUAAUUUGACUAGUUUGGAUGCCGCCUCACAAAAGAAGGAAAUCCUUGAUGCCGCUGAUGCUGUCGCCAAAAUUAUUGGAAAGACCCCAACUUACAUGAGACCACCUUAUGGUGAAUGUAGCGAAGGUUGUGGUAAAGUAAUGGCAGAAAAUGGAUUCUCUGUUAUCCAAUGGAACGCAGAUUCAAAUGAUUGGAGGUACAAAGCAAAGACCGUCGAAGAACGUAGGGCCAUACCUUUACAAAAUAUCAUGAAUGAAGUGAAACCAAAAAGUCCAGCCAAAGAUAAUUUCAUCGUUUUACAACACGACCCUGAUGAUAUCAGUGUUGAGAACGUAGUAAAAUUCAUUCAAUUAUUCGAUAAAGCUGGUUAUAAAUUUAUCACGGUCGCCGAUUGUUUGAAAAAUAAGGUCACCCCUUAUAAAGGUGUACCAGCCAAAACCGCUAAAGCUGUUGCCGCAAAUGGAAAGUUUGCUGAUUUCAAAGCUCCAGAUGCCAAAACACCGGAUGCUAAAGCAAAAGAUCCAGUAGCAAAAGAACCAAAAGAACCACAAGCAAAAUCCAAGAAUGAUGUUAAACCCAAGAAAGAUGAAGAAAAUAAAGCAGAAGCCAAGGGCGCUUUCCCAACACCGAACGAUAAUGUUGGCGCUGCUAAGGAUGGUCCCGAAGCCAAUUCUGCUUCAAUAAUUAAAUCAUCAGCACUCGUAUCAUUAUUGAGUGGUGCCGUUGGUUUAUUAUAUUUGUAA